UUUUCCGUUUUAAAAAACGACAAUGUUUAUAUGGGCCCAAGUUGACGUUUGGCCGGGUUUGUUUUGAUCCUCCAGGCGUCGUCCCUCGGAUAAUCAUAUAGGGCGAGACAAUACUGUACAUAGAUAUCUGAUCUGGCUUUAAGUCCGAUGCAAGACAUGAAGGAAUACGGGGAGCUAUGGAGAGUAGAUUCUGUGUUUUGAGCGACACCGAAGACUUCCAAACGCUCAUUUCAAACACCGAGAACAAUCUCCACUUCGACAGGUCUAAAACACUGUUUGAAGAGAUCCGUGCCUCCAUCAACAACAAUGACGAAGAGGACCGCUCCUUCUGGAGGCCCGUGCUGCCUUGGGGGGGCGUCUUCACCAUCAAGGCUGGACGGAAGGCCAUAUCGUGCACCCCGCUGUACGUCAAAAUCAAUCUGAAAAACACCUGCACCAUCGACGGCUUCCUCGUGAUCCUGUAUGUGAUCCUGCGGGACAACCAGGGCUUCCCCCGGGAGCUGGCCGUCUUCCUGGGCAAGCAGUUUGUGGAGUACUUCCUCCGCCUGAUGGACUCCUUCGACUACACCACAGUGAAGAUGCUGUGGAUCUGGGACCGAAUGUCGAGGAGGCAGUACCGCUCCGAGAUACGCAAGGCCGCACUGGAGAUCGACCUGUUCGGUAACGAGCACGAGAACUUCACGGAGAACCUGGAGAACCUCAUGUCCACUAUGCAGGAGAGUCUGUGCACAAACUGGAGCUGCCCGGCCCGCUUCCAGGAGUUCCUCCAGACCGCCAUCAACAUCAGCCCUCCCUAUGAGCUGCCUCACAGAGCCCCCAUUCAGUCAGCCGUGGACGAGUUCUUCUGCCCCAAACUCCUGCUGUGCUCAGAACUGGGGUGUGAUGGUCUAAGGGAGAUCUCUCAGAGGGUUUUCUGCCACGGACCCCCACCCUUUGUCAUCCUCGACAUGCAGCAGUGGAAGUCAGAGGAGCUGUCCUAUGUCCCUUACCAUCUGGCUCUCUGCCAGCACAGGUACUUACUAGAGGGCGCCACACUCUUCAACAAGGAGGAGCACCACUACUCUGCAGCCUUCCAGAUAGAUGGCUGCUGGAUGCACUAUGACGGUCUGAGGAGUGACAAUCUCAUCCUGUUGCACAAGCCGCCAGAGCUCCUGCUGCUGUCCUCUCUGGUCUACAUCCGCGCCUCCGACAAAAAAUAAAAUAAAUAUACACUUUUAUUAAUCCCCAAGGGGAAAUUAGUUCUCUGCAUUUAACCCAUCCUUAGUUAUUAAGGAGCAGUGGGCUGCGGUGAAGCGCCCGGGAAGCAACUGGGGGUUCAGUGCCUUGCUCAAGGACACUUCGACUUGCAGCUAAUGGGGAGAGCGGGGAUCGAACCCACGACCUUGCGGUUGAAGGACGGCCCUCUUACCCCACUGAGCUACAGCCGCCCCAUCUGAAGAGCACACGCGGAUGAGCAGGAGUCGGACCAUCCACCCUUCCUUCAAUCGGGUUGUCAUUUCAUUGUUGUAACCUUGUUUCUCUACUUAUCGCAUAAUUCAUUUUAUUCUAUCCUUUCAGCUGUUGCUUCCGCCUUGAGUGCUGAAUGACAUGCGCUCCAUUUCAUCUGAAUGCUUGCAGAAAGCUGAGCAAAAUAGAAACUACUUUUAAAGGUGGGUGGGGGGCCAUGCUUGGAAUCCAAGAUUAUAAUGGACUAUAAUAGUCCGAUCAUAUUAAAUGACCGUAGCAGUGAGUAAUUUACAUCACAUGCAUGUGCAGUUACCCGACACGCGAGAACGAUUGGCGUAGUUUAAACGUCUUGGUUGUGAGAUGGAUUACACUCCGAGGGUGCAUUUGCUAUUGAGCAGCCUCGGAUGGGAGAUGACGCUGACUGUCUACAUUUGGGAAGUUUUGUCUUACUUAAAUUAAACUGGUGCUUUCUCUAUUUACACUGUGGUCUGAAGGAUUAGAAACAACCAACGUCCAGGUCAGGUUAACUUGUUCUUUUCUUAAGAUGAUUUAAUUAGAGGCAUUUAUGACAAUGAAUGCAUUUUAAAAUACAAACUUCUUUAAAGGAGGCAUAUCGUGGAGGGAAAAAAAGUACCUUUCUGUAAUUGUGCACAUUUGGAUUUUAGUUACAAAAUUAUCUUUUUUGUCAGCGCACUUGAUCGUAAAACAUGACUAUAAAAGCGUCCCCUUUUAAAUUAUAACUGUUGAGGGCAGUCUGAGAUAUCCAUAUUCCUGACACGCUUUAUACUUAUUUUAGCAUUUAAACACUGGCUCUGCACACACCAACACAGGAAAUGGUUAUUUGGAUCUUGUUUUUUUUUACAAAUCGUUUUUAACCUUUAAGAAUAACCUGUAUCACACAGUGCCUCUGCCAAGGAAAGUUUGUGACCGUGGAUCCUGUCGAGUGAAACUCUGAGAUCAAGUUUUUAAAUUGUUUUUUCUAUGCAGAGAACAAAUAAAAAUAUUUUGAGUACA